AUGGAUGGCGGGCGCUCCCUCAGCCCGUGCCGCACGCUGCCCCUCAAGGGGAUGCAGUACAUCACGUCACCCUCCGUCCCCUCCGUGGUGUUGGGCAGCAAGCACCUGCCACAACUGCCGUACAGGCCAAUUGUGUACGCUGAGGGCGGUCAAAGUUUAUCGGCGACGUUUCCUGCGAUUGGUCCCUCCGCCUGCAUGCUACUUAACAUUCCGAAUAGGGACGGAGCGCAAACAGUCAACGCGAAGAGCCAUGGCAGUAGCAAGAAUGCGAAGAAGGGAAAGCCGGUAGCUAGGCAGCGCGUGACUUCAAAAGCAGCGACCUCUGGUCACGGGAGAACGCAGUUGUCCCCACAACUUCAUGGCAGUGGAGGAGACGCGGGACGGAGUCCGUCGCCGCCUAUGCAGGCCUCACACAUGGAAAACUCGGCGAAGUCGGUGUCGGCGAACGCCUUGGCAUUUUCCAAGAAAAUGCUUGAGACCUAUUCUGGGACGCGGGACACGGUCAACUCGCCGAUGUACCGCACUAUUUCCAAGGAGGCGCUCCCUCCCCUGGUGACGGUGCUAGAACGUUAUAUUCAUCGGGAAAUGGAUGCGACCUUGAGUAAAGGUGCGCCUGUGACUGCGCAGGAUCGUCUACGGCCGUUUCGUGAGGCCUUUUUUGCCUUUAUUGACGCCUUCCCAGGGUAUGGCAAUAUCCUCAACGACAUCAUGAGUGCCUACGAUGGCGUUAUUCAGGAGCAGGCGAAGCUGCUUGUGGAAACGAUCUCGGAGCAGUCGCAGCAGCACCUCGCGGAGCAGCAACACCUCGCGGAGGUCGCGGACUUGAAGGCUGCCGUCUCGAGUUUAACGGCGGAGUUGGAGCGAUCCCGCCACCAGGCGGAUGACACGGAAACGCUGCCGUCUCCCAAGAGCGAUGAGAAAGGUGGUGGGAAAGCCAACUCAGAGACACACACGCAGCGGCCGUCAAGAUCCUCUCGUGAAAAGGACAAGGAGCUGCGUAUCGCCAAGCAACAGAUCACAGCCCUAGGCGAAGUUAUAAAAAAUGAUCUAGAGAAGCAACUCGUGCUUAUCAAUGCCUUGCGGGAGAGUGAUCGAAGAGCAAAGGCGUUGGAAGAGCAGUUGAGCGCCGCCGCUGUUGAAAUGGAUGAACUUGCGGACUUCAAGGUAAUGGCAGGGGAUGCUCAAAAGCAACUCGAGGAGUUCAAAAUAAAGUAUCAGAAUUUUAUUUCCGUACAGGAUCACGAGGUUAUACGGGACUACCUUCAAGGAGAAUUGCAAGCCGCACAGAACAUGAUUCGACAGUACCGUCGCUCCGCCGCCGUGCGAGGGACGCAAGUCGAUGUCAUUGGUAGGAAACUCAAGACCAUUCAGGAAGAAAAUAAAAAUCUUCGUGACGCCGCUGAGGGCGAGCGGAAAGGACUUCUCACUCCCCGUCCAGACUGGAAGAAAGUCUACUCGUCACUCCCUGAUCUUAAGGAAACUGCGGCUCCUUUCAAAGCCAUUGCGCUUGAGGGUGAUGAGGCCAUAACGUCCACGGUGGAGGGGUUGAGUGAGACACGGCUUCAGGUGGAAUAUCUCGUGGAGAGCAUUAACUCACUUUCGCGGGAGCUGCAACGACGGAAGAUGGUGCUCAUGCCCAUGCCAACACCAACCCUUCCUCUUAUAGGACAAGGCCAUGAGACUCGUGUUCCUCUGCAUCUUCGCGCGUGUGGCAUUAUUCCCCGCGUGGAUUUGGAUCCGGUAGAGAUAUUACUCCUUGUACAUGACUUUUUCUCUGAUAUUUUGCAGCCCCACCCUGACGUUCUUCUGUAUACGCUUGAUGUCCCGGCGCUUUAUAAGGAGUUUCUUCAAGAGCGGAUACAAACAAGGGAGGCGCUUCAAGUAUUUUUGUGCGCAGAGCAUCUUGCGAUCAAUCUUGCCGAUCUCGCAAAGAAUAAGGAGAACACUCGACCUUCACUGCUACUCUUAGACGGUAUCCUCUCUGGCAUCUUCCCUGCUCGUAUUGCCUGUGACGUCAUGACGAUUGUGGAGAAUGUGCGACUUGAAUUAACUGGGCUGUCAAAGGGACAGAAAAAAAAUCGUCUUCGACGGGUGGCGAUUAGCGAUUGUCUCGCCCCAGUGCUGCAGCUGAAGACAUUGGAAGAAGUGGUGGCCCUGAAGGCGACAAUGGGCUCCGAUACAACCCACGAUGUAGAGGCUUUGUGUGCCGCGGAUGGGAAAUUUAUGUCCACGCUUUUUGACCAGGAGUGUAGCUCUGGCAUGUCGUUUUAUGUAAAUUUGCUAGAAAAACUUACCUCAUACUCCUAUUACCUUAAGCCGGAGGACAAUGAAUUGGUGAUUUCUCUCGAAAAUGUGGGGCGGGCUAUCACCGAGGUGGAGCCGCUGACCCCAAAGGUCGUCAUCAAGGAGAUCACCGAGGACGCCACGGAAAAAAGUGAGGAUGACGAAAAGGUAACAACACGCCUGAGUGAUGUGAUACAUCUCUUGGCGGCAGCCCCGUUGAUACGUCGCUCAGCGCAGCCAAAGUCGGAAGAAGUAACGCUGUAG